GGGAAGCUCUCCGUUCUUCUCUGGAGUCCCCGCUCGCGACUUCUCCAACAGCCUAUGCGGCGCUCCGAGAGAGAGGGUGGGUGGGUGGGUGAGUAGCCUAGGCCGAAGGAAACGAUUGCCGAUCUGAAGCUUUUCCUCGAUUCGGAGCUCCGCUCUAACCCCGCGAAGGCAAACGGAGGAAGAAGAUACAACACUCAUACCCCCAAGGAGAAAAAAAAAAACCCCAACCCCAUACUGAUGGACCAAAUGGAUGCAGCAACCCACGUCAUGAAAAAGAAAAGGCCCCGUGAAGAUAAUGAAAAGACAGAGAAGGUUAAAAAGAGAAGGAAGGUUGAUGAAAGCAAUGUUUGCCAAAACCAGCAGAAAGCUAAAAGUGAUGAGAAGCAGCCCCGCUUGUCUGCCAAAGUGUUUGGAGAAGACUCUGAAAUCAGCUACAACCAACUGUACAGAUUCCUCAAGUAUUCUGCUUUGGGGAAACGCCACGGUGCAGCUAAUCCCAGCUGGUGCCGUGUUCAUCACCGGAGGCGUCUGGCUGGCAUAGUGGUGGUGGUCCUGGGGGACGUCGGUCAACUCCACUUCGACCGCUUCUACCUGCAGUUCAAGCACCUCCGGAAGAGAUUCAGACAUCGCUUCUCUCUGCCCCCUGUCUCUGAUGACUUUAUGAAAGAACUUUGCGGCUCGGGAAUAAAUGACGCUCCGCAGAUCAGCAGGCAAGUGACGAGGGAAGAUCCCAUAAUUCAGAAAUAUGGAGAAGAGGGCCAUGGGCUCUCCAGGUAUGUCCUUACUGCGGAGGAGAUGCGUCUCCAUGAUUACCCCUUGGAAGGCCUCAGCAACUGCAGCCAUUUUGUCCGCACCCGUUGUGAUGGCCCAGCGACAGACAGCAGCCCCCUCUUUGGGCUGGACUGUGAAAUGUGCCUCACCGAUAAGGGAUCCGAACUCACGCGAAUCUCGGUGGUGGAUGCCCGUGGUCGGUGCAUUAUGAAUGAGCUGGUCAAGCCUGAGUUACCAAUAAGAAAUUACCUCACGAGUUACUCUGGCAUCACGGAAGAGCUACUCCUUCCCGUCACGACAACCCUCGCUGACAUCCAGGUCCGGUUGAAGAAGCUGCUGCCCCCCGACGCGGUUUUAGUGGGCCACUCUUUGAAUAAUGACCUUCAAGCUCUAGAAAUGGUGCAUCCGAAUGUUAUAGAUACUUCUCUUCUUUUUGCCAGGAAGGGUGGCAAACGAUUCAAGCUCAAAUUCUUAGCAGAAGCAGUUUUAAGGAAGCAAAUCCAGCGCACUGACGGAAGCGGCCACGAUCCAACCGAAGAUGCCAAGUGUGCCCUUGAACUGGCCCAGUAUUUCAUCAGCCAAGGACCCAGGAAGGUAGCAGAGCUGAACCUGGAAGCAAGACAGCUAAAGCAAAGGGAGACGGGAGAGGCAUGGAACGGUGCCUUGCCGCAGCAAAAGAACGGGGUGAGGAAACCCAUCCAAUGCCUUCUAGACAUCUUGCACUCUGUUGGUCAAAAAACAUUGCUUCUGGGAGGACAGAAUGAGGAAGCUUUCUACAACUGUCAAAAUCAAACUGGCUCUCCAAAUAAGCAAGUACUCCAGAGAGCCCUGGAAGAGAUUCCCAGGUCCUCCUUCAGUGUAAUUCAGUUUGCUUUGGAUUCUCAGCAUGCCACACCCAACCAGGUUGCAGAAACAGUUUCCAAGAUGAGGACCAAGCUGGCCAACAUGCUGACACUCUACGCAGGCCCAUUUGCCAAAGACUUCUGCCUGAAGUCUCUGAAGAGAACCUUCAAGAAAUACGGCCAUGUUCUAUCAAUAAGGGCCAUCACAGAAACAUUUGAGCCCCACAUCUGUAUCCAGUAUGAAGUGCUUGAGGCUGCCCAGCUUGCCAUGGAGAGUCUCAAUGGCGCAGAAGUAGCAGGAUCCUCAAUCAAGCUUCAGAGACCCGUCACUGAGGAAACGCUCGAUUGUGAGAUGCUGGUGAAGGAGCUGGAAAGAGAUGCAGACAAUGAAGGCGUCCUUUACCUGGCAGGAUUGGGGAAAGCCCAGAGCGAGGCAGGCUUGCGGGAGAAGCUGGGUUAUUUGAAAGACUUAAACGCCGUUUUCCUGCCAAGGGAUCCCAGAACCGGAAAACAUAGGAAUUACUGCUUUCUCAAAUUCCCCACACCAGAAAGCGCCUCCCAUGCUCUUGAAGCCAUAAGGGAACAGGCAGCCAGAGGAAGCAAAAUGGAGAGCAGGAGGGCUCUCACGCCUGCACGUCUCCACAAAUGGUUUCGUCACGUGAAUCAAAAUGGCGGGAAGCUCCUUGCCUCACAGCCACCCCUUGAAGCUCCCUCCCUGGAAAAGGAGCGGCCCUUUGCUUUGGAAGAAGAUUUAAAGAAAGCCGUGAAGACAUUAGACCGUAGAAUCAAACAGCUGCAUCGGUGCUUGCCGAACCACACGCUCUGUGUUGUUUUGUUGCCAGGCACAAACAGAGGCUCCGAAUCGUUCCAGGGCUUAGUCCUGCUGGGAAUCAAAGGAGAAAAGCCUGCCUCUUGAGGUUCCUGUUCGCCUUCACAGCUUUUAACGCCCUGGUUUUGCUCAGAGCUCCAGUGAUUUCAUUGAGGCCCUGCGUCCCGAACAGCAGCAAGUCGUGUCCCCCCCCCCAUUCCUUCAGUGUUUUAAAUAUUAAAAUCGGUCAAGUCAAACAUGAAAGAAGCUGAUCCAGUUAUUAAUUCAGUAAGCUGGGUUCCCCCUCCAUUUCACCUCCACUUAACCCAGGCAUCCCCAAACUGCGGACCUCCAGAUGUUUUGGCCUACAACUCCCAUGAUCCCUAGCUAACAGGACCAGUGGUCGAGGAAGAUGGGAAUUGUAGUCCAAAACAUCUGGAGGGCCGAAGUUUGAGGGUGCCUGACUUAACCUCUGCUAACUGCUAACCAAAUCUUUAGGUGGGGGAAAAAGAGCAUGGAAGAAGCUAAUUGGGUCUGGGUUUGGUGGAGCUCAAAGAAAACUUCCAUUCUGAAAAAUUUCCACUCGGUUAAUACUGAAUAAAGCUAUGUUGAAGGGCCAACACGCCUAGGGCUUGCUUAUCGGAAGGUCGGCGGUUCGAAUCUCCGCAAUGGGGUGAGCUCCCGUUGCUUGGUCCCAGCUUCUGCCAACCUAGCAAUUCGAAAGCACAUCAAAGUGCAAGUAGAUUAAUAGGAACCGCUAUAGCGGGAAGGUAAAUGGUGUUUCCAUGCGCUGCUCUGGUUUCGCCAGAAGCGGCUUAGUCAUGCUGGCCACAUGACCUGGAAGUUGUCUGCAGACAAACGCCAGCUCCCUCGGCCAGUAAAGUGAGAUGGACGCUGCAACCCCAGAGUCGUUCACGACUGGACUUAACUGUCAGGGGUCAUUUACUUUUACCUUUUUUAAGAGCCAACAUUAUCUAACGGUUGGAUUCUAACGGUUGUCACCGAAAUUCACCACCUGGAUUUGCAGGAGGCAAAUUUUGAGUGGGAAGGGAGAGUUUGCCACAUAUAUUCUUCUUGUGUGUAAAAUUCGCCCAACAAGUUAAGGGUUUGCUCAAAUGAGAAAAUUCUCAGGACAUUCUUCUCUAAUAAAUAUUGGCCUUUGUGUGUGUGAGAGAGAAAUUUAACAAGAAAUAAUGUUAACUGUUGGAAGUUUUAAACAGGAACACCAUCAUGGAUGUAAGAAAAUGCCGCCCACCCACCCCUGGGGCCAAAAGGUGCAUAGACAAGGGCUACCCACCUAUCUCUGCCUCUUAGGUCCCAUAAUUAAGCUUUUCAUAAACGUAUGUAGCAUUUUCAACACACACACACACACAUACCAUCCAGCCUGCAGGAAGUAGCACAUUUUAGAGCAAAACACUUAACUUUGCC